CCCGCACCCCCCGCAAUAUAUGAGGGCACCGCGGCUCCUUUUGGACUAAUCUGCCGGACCGAGUCCAGCUGCAAGAACCUCCCGGAACCAGACCGAGUUCGACCGCACCGAUCCCGGUAACUUACGACGAUGAGGCUGCCUCUGUUACUCCUCCAGCUGGUGCUUGCUCCAGCCCUUUUGGUGUCCGCUGAGGACUACUGGGAAGACUGGGGUGCAUUCGGGCCAUGCAGUCGGACCUGCGGCGGUGGUGUGAUGAUCAGAAGCAGACGCUGCGUCACCCACAGAAAUGACGGAGGGUUCAACUGCGUCGGACCUGACAAGUCUUAUCUGGCCUGUAACACUGAGCCGUGUCCCGCGGGAACCAAGGAUUACCGCGAGGAGCAGUGCGCCCAGUUCGACGGGACCGACUUCAAGGGGACCCGCUACUCCUGGCUGCCUUAUUAUGGAGCCGAGAACCCCUGCGAGCUGAACUGCAUACCAAGGGGAGGGAACUUUGUCUACCGCCACAGCGCCGCCGUUAAGGACGGGACACCUUGCCACCCGGGACGCCAUGAUAUCUGCGUGGAGGGAGUCUGCGCGCACAUGGGCUGCGACCACAUGCUGAACUCCCCUCUGCAAGAGGACCCCUGUCUGGUGUGCGGAGGCAACGGGCACUCCUGCUCACUGGUCAAGAACACCUUCACCGCACAGCGUCUGGCCCACGGUUAUAACCAUGUCGUCACCAUCCCCGCUGGAGCCACCUCCAUCAGCAUCAGAGAGAAGAAACCCUCACGCAAUUACCUGGCCGUCAAGAACCUGCAAGGAGAUUACUACCUGAACGGCCACUGGUCCCUCGAGUUCUCCCAGGCCACGCACAUUGCCGGCACCAAACUGUACUACCAACGAGGCGUCGAGGGCGACAGCACUCCCGAGUCCAUCAUCGGCCGCGGACCCACCACCGAGCCCCUCGUCGUGGAGCUGAUCAGCAUGGAGCCCAACCAGGGCGUGGAUUACGAGUACUACCUUCCCGUGGGACACCCCACAGCGGGAUACGCCUGGAGCUUCGGAUCUUGGUCCGCCUGCAGCAAAGAGUGCGGAUUAGGCUUCCAGUCCAGAGCCGUCUACUGCUCCAUCGACAACGAGGCCGUGCCCGACAACCUGUGCCCGUACUACGCGCGGCCCAUCCACAACAGAACCUGCAACCCUCAGGCCUGCCCUGCCACCUACACCUGGAGAACCGGCGAGUGGAACGACUGCUCCGUCCGGUGCGGCGGCGGCUUCCAGUAUCGCGGCGUGGACUGUCUCUACAAUGACGAGUUGGGACCCCGCGUGGUCGAGGACGCCUACUGCGCCCAGUACUCCCAGGCACCCACCGACCAGCAGUACUGCAACAUGCAGCGCUGUGACGAGCACCCCGGCAGAGCGAUCAUUUCCGAAAUCCCCUCUGAAAAUGCCGUCGAGUGCCGCAGAACCACCUACGGGUGCUGCUACGACCGCACCACCGCCGCAGCUGGGCCCAAUGGCGAGGGCUGCCGCGACCCACCAGCACCUUAUGAGCGUUCCAUCUGCUCGCUGCCCAAGGCCGCCGGAUCCUGCUCCAGCUGGAGGGCGCAUUACUUCUUCAAUGUUCUAACUGCCAAGUGUACCGAGUUCUGGUAUGGAGGCUGCUUUGGCAACAGCAAUAACUUUGACACGCAGGAGGAGUGCGAGAGGGUCUGCCACGAGCCCAAUGGCAGAUCAAAUGGAAACGGAAACGGCUACAACGGAAAUGGAAACGGAAACGGUAAUGGUGGCACCAACGGAAAUGGUAAUGGUGUCGCCAACGGAAACGGUAAUGGUGGCACCAACGGAAAUGGUAAUGGUGUCGCCAACGGAAACGGUAAUGGUCACGCCAACGGAAACGGUAAUGGUGGCACCAACGGAAAUGGUAAUGGUGUCACCAACGGAAACGGUAAUGGUGGCACCAACGGAAAUGGUAAUGGUGUCGCCAACGGAAACGGUAAUGGUCACGCCAACGGAAACGGUAAUGGAAAUGGCAACGGCGACACCAAUGGAAACGGUAAUGGCGGUGUCAAUGGAAACGCUAAUGGCAGGGCCAACAGAAAUGGAAACGGUAACGGCCGCGCCAAUGGAAAUGGAAACGUUAACGGCCACGCCAACGGAAAUGGAAACGGUAACGGCCGCACCAACGGAAAUGGAAACGGUAACGGCCGCGCCAACGGAAAUGGAAACGGUAACGGCCGCGCCAACGGAAAUGGUAAUGGCCGUGCCAACGGAAAUGGUAACGGAAAUGGAAACGGUAACGGCCGCUCCAACGGAAAUGGUAAUGGCCGUGCCAACGGAAAUGGUAACGGAAAUGGAAACGGUAACGGCCGCACCAACGGAAACGGUAACGGCCGCACCAACGGAAACGGUAAUGGUAACGGUUCCCUAAAUGGAAAUGGUAACGGCCGCACCAACGGAAACGGUAAUAGUAACGGUUACCCAAAUGGAAAUGGAAAUGGUAACGGCCGCUCCAACGGAAACGGUAACGGUUACCCAAAUGGAAAUGGCAAUGGAAAUGGUAAUGGUAAUGGUUACCCAAAUGGAAAUGGAAACAGUACCGGCCACUCCAACGGAAACGGUAAUGGUCACGACAAUGGAAAUGGAAACGGUAACGGUUACCCAAAUGGAAAUGGAAAUGGAAACGGUAACGGCCGUUCUAAUGGAAACGGUAAUGGUCCCGUCAAUGGAACUGGCAACGGUCACUCCAACGGAAACGGAAAUGGAAACGGCGAGCAUGACAACGGAAAUGGCAACGGUCACUCCAACGGAAACGGCGAGCAUGACAACGGAAAUGGCAACGGUCACUCCAACGGAAAUGGAAAUGGAAACGGCGAGCGUGGCAACGGAAAUGGCAACGGUCACUCCAACGGAAACGGCGAGCAUGACAACGGAAAUGGCAACGGUCACUCCAACGGAAACGGCGAGCAUGACAACGGAAAUGGCAACGGUCACUCCAACGGAAACGGCGAGCAUGACAACGGAAAUGGCAACGGUAACUCCAACGGAAACGGCGAGCAUGACAACGGAAAUGGCAACGGUCACUCCAACGGAAAUGGAAAUGGAAACGGCGAGCGUGGCAACAGAAAUGGCAACGGUCACUCCAACGGAAAUGGAAAUGGAAACGGCGAGCGUGGCAACGGAAAUGGCAACGGUCACUCCAACGGAAAUGGAAACGGCGAGCAUGACAACGGAAACGGUAACGGUCACUCCAACGGAAAUGGAAACGGCGAGCAUGACAACGGAAAUGGAAACGGUCACUCCAACGGAAAUGGAAACGGCGAGCAUGACAACGGAAAUGGCAACGGUCACUCCAACGGGAACGGAAAUGGAAACGGCGAGCAUGACAACGGAAAUGGCAACGGUCACUCCAACGGAAAUGGAAACGGCGAGCAUGACAACGGAAACGGUAACGGUCACUCCAACGGAAAUGGAAACGGCGAGCAUGACAACGGAAAUGGAAACGGUCACUCCAACGGAAAUGGAAACGGCGAGCAUGACAACGGAAAUGGAAACGGUCACUCCAACGGAAAUGGAAACGGCGAGCAUGACAACGGAAAUGGCAACGGUCACUCCAACGGGAACGGAAAUGGAAACGGCGAGCAUGACAACGGAAAUGGUGAGGACCACAACGGAAACGGAAAUGGUCGCUCCAACGGAUAUGGACAGCGCGGCAACGGAAACGGAAAUGGUGAGGACCACAACGGAAAUGGAAACGGUGAGCACAGAAACGGAAACGGCCACUCCAACAGAAACGGAAAUGGUCGCUCCAACGGCAACGGUGGCAGGAUAGCUGCCAAUGUGGCCCAUACUGCCCACAAAGCCCGUUUGUACAUGAAGGCCCGCAAGCCUUACUUCAUCACAGUGAAAAAGCACUUCAUCCCCGCAGCCAGUUUGACUUUGCCAGCCCAGGUGAGGAUCGACCAGUCGGACCCGUCCGCCGUGGAGGCCCUGGUGGGCCAGACGGUGGUGCUGCCCUGCAGAGUCAGCCCGCCGCCGCCGUCGUCGUCAUCCAGUGCGGUCACAGUGGUAGAGUGGAGGAAGGACGGAGUCGCACUCGCGUCACACAGAAGUUUCCCGAAACGCGUCAAUUGGCUUCCGCUCGGGUCUUUGCUGCAGACGUCAGGAGCAGCCGAACGGUUCGCUGCUUCUCGGUCCCGUCGGCAAGUCGGACGCCGGCUGGUUCUUGUGCGUGGCCACCAGGGAGCAGGAGAGAGAUCACCGCUACGUUUACCUGACCGUCUCAGAGGCGGCGUCCCAGCCGCAGACCACCUCCCCGCCCGCGGACGGACCCUCGCCAGAGUUCAGCCUGGAGCGCUCCGCCUCGUCUUUGGUGGAGACGCGAGCGGGACAAGCGGCCCGGGUGCCGUGCGCCGUCGUACCCGCGGCCGCGCUGCCGUACGUCAGCGUACAGUGGACGCGCGACGGACGCGCGCUCGCCGACUCCAGAACUUUGCGAAGGAAAUUUUCAAGGCUCUGAAUGAAAAGUUUGUCCAGCAGUCAGAUGGCGCGCUGCUCAUUGAGUCGCUCCAGACGGAGGACGCCGGCGUGUACACUUGCUCCGCCUCCACGCAACAUCAUCUGGAGCAGAGACACGUACAACUUAGAGUCCAAGCCGCCCUGCAGAUUACCAAAGCUCCCGACAACAUCCAGGUCCCUAAAGGCAGCGCGGCCCUGCUGCCCUGCGUUGCGUCGGGGGACAACGUCAGCAUCGGCUGGUCCAGGAACGGCGUCCCGGUGCGUCCGGACGGGCGUAAGGUCCAGGCGUCACCCGACGGGAGCCUGAUCUUGAACAACGUGCAGACGUCCGACGAGGGCACCUACACGUGCAACGCCUACGCCGGCGUCUAUUCGGUCAGCGCCUCGGCCGACGUACGCGUCGCCAAAGACGCGCGGACAGGUAGGCGUGGCCACGACGUCAUCGUCAUCGUCAUCAUCAUCGGGGACGGCGUGCUCGGACCAGCCCGAGCUGGCCAACUGCAAGCUGGUGGUCUACGCCCGCCAGUGCGCCAACCAGUACUACGCCGCCUUCUGCUGUGCCAGCUGUGCCCGCCAAGCACGGAGCGGCGACAGGUUAGCUCGGUGACACCGCGGUGCUGGUUCUGGCGGUGCGCUCCGUUUUUAGGGUGGGGUACCGAGAAGGGAGGGGUUAAGAUGCUUUGAGGCCUCUGGGCUGCACGGGGCGCGGCGCGCCAGGCCUCAAAUAUUCUCAUCAUCUUAUUGCCAUUUCAUCAUAUUGUUUUAUUUUUGUAUGUUCACAAUAAAAACAAUGCA